AGUGUCCCUACUCCGCGGCCUCUGUGCGGGCAGUCCUCGCCGCCUGCGGCAAGACUCCGAGGGCAGCACUCAGUGAGCACUUUGCUUCGAGAGGAGAGGCGACCCGAGUGGUUCGGCCAUCUCCACCCGGCUAGGGUCUUCGGCAGCCCAGUCCUUUUGGACUCGAUCGGAGUCCGUACUUGGGGCAGCUCCCCGAACCGCAGGGAAUUGUGGAAUUUAUAGUUCUGGAUUAGUUCCGGGUGGAACCCAGACUCUCGCAGGAUAUUUGGAGGGGGCGGGGGGGGCGGAAUGACGACCUUGAGGAUCGAGGCCGGAUCCAGAAAGACGGGAAAGGAGUCUAAAAAGGAAUCCUGACAAUUAGCGUUGUUUUGAUUUUUUUCCCCAAGCGUUGACCUGAACCUAGUCCAUCCCUUUCCGACCCAAACUGAUUACCCACGAGGGAAGGGACCAGGCAGCAAAAUGGAGACGCCACCAGUCAAUCCAGUGGGAGAGAAAGACACCUCUCAACUGCAACAACAGUGGGGAAAGAAUCCUAAGAAGAACCGUGAUUCAACUAUUCAAAUUAGGCAGCAGGCCCAAGAGCCUCCUACUGAAGUUCUUGAGCUGAGAAGGAGCCCAGAUCCAGCCAGCAAAAUUCUAGAGAAUCCUCAAGAGACUGAAAAACUGGCUGCUGGACUUGAAAAAAACUCUGUUAAAUCUCAUGGAUCAGCGAGUGAAAUGCCAGAGCCCCUCCAAUCUUCUGAUCUCUGGUACUGUCCGGAUGGGAGCUUUGUCAAGAAGAUUAUAAUCCGUGGCCAUGGCUUGGACAAACCCAAGCUGGGCUCCUGCUGCCGGGGCCAGGACUCCUGGGAGCUGGAGGCCAGCGAGAAGGAGACCCUGGCCAAGCAAGAACAUGCAAGAGGCACAGAAUUAUUUCGAGCUGGGAACCCUGAAGGGGCUGCGCGAUGUUAUGGACGGGCUCUUCGGCUGCUGCUGACUUUACCCCCACCUGGCUCUCCAGAACAAACGGUCCUUCAUGCCAAUCUAGCUGCCUGUCAGUUGUUGCUAGGGCAGCCCCAUUUGGCAGCCCAGAGCUGUAACCGGGUGCUCGAGCGAGAACCUGAGCAUUUAAAGGCCUUGUACCGAAGGGGGGUUGCCCAGGCUGCCCUUGGGAACCUGGAAAAAGCAACUGCUGACCUCAAGAAGGUGCUGGUAGUAGAUCCAAAAAACCGGGCAGCCCGGGAGGAGCUGGGAAAGGUGAUCUUUCAGGGGAAGAAACAGGAUGCAGGACUGGCUCAGGGUCUCCGCAAGAUGUUUGGCUGAUUAAAAGUUAAAACUUGC